UAGACACAUCAGUAUUUCAAACAUGUAUCGGACCCAAAACCAUGGUGUAAGUGAGGAUGAGGAUCGGCGGCGGAGUGGUUUACGGGGGUCCACGCGCCAACGCUCUGCCACUUCUUCUUAGCCACGGUAGAGCUUGCGUUCGCUGCUAUUCCUCUUCCUCUUCUCCUGACCAUGUAGCUUUCGUCAAGGACAUUGCUGCAACUCAGCCUCCCGAGCAUUUGUCUCAAUUGUUAAGUGUUUUGAAAGCCAAAGGUGAAACUAUCGUUUUUCCUGGAGCUAGGCAGGGGUUAAUUCCCCUUGCCAUACCACUAACAAAAAGUUGCUCAGGUGCUGUAACUGCACUGCUGCGGUGGCCCACAGCUCCACCUGGGAUGGAAAUGCCAGUCGUGGAUGUUGACAAGCAUGGAGUAAAACUUUUAGCAAAGAGUGUGGACCAAUUUAUUCACAGAAUAUUGGUUGAAGAAGAUGCAAAAAACAGUCAAGAGAGAAAUGAUGAGCUUUUUGUCGUGUCAGCUGAUACUGGGAAGAAACUUUAUCAAAAGGGUGAUUUUGCAGUGUCUAAAAUUUCUAAUUUGGAUGUCUAUCUUUUAAAAAAGGUUGGUCUGUUCCCAGAUAUCAUAGAGCGCAAGGUGAUGCGACAUUUUGAGGAGGGGGAUCAUGUUUCAGCUUUAAUAACGGGAGAGUUUUAUACUAAGAAGGAGCAUUUUCCUGGAUUUGCUCGACCUUUCGUUUUCAAUGCAGAGGUCUUGUUGAGGGCUGGGCGUAAUGUAGAAGCUAAAGAUGCUGCCAGAGGAGCUUUGAAAUCACCAUGGUGGACUUUAGGCUGCAAGUAUGAGGACGUUGCUAAGAUUGCACAGUGGGAUGAUGAACAAAUUGAGUACAUUAAAGAGAAGGUGACUGAAGAGGGGAGGCAAGAAGAUAUUAAAAAGGGGAAGGCACCUCAACAGGUUGUAUUAGAUGAAGCUGCUUUUUUGAUGGAUUUAGCUUCUAUUGAAGGAACAUGGGAUGACUACUUGGAGCGAAUUGCUGAAUGUUAUGAGGAGGCAGGACUUAAUGAUAUUGCAAGGUUUAUACUUUAUAGAGAUUAAUAACUAUUAACGAUUUUGGUAGAUUUGCUUCUGCCCGCUGGACGCUGUGCCUUCGUGCUAUUUGGACAUAUGCAAUUCUUCACAUGAAAUUUUGUAUAAGUAUAAUUUAGAGUGAAUUAUGCAAAUGAUUUGUACAGUCUUGACAAUUUUAAAUCUGUAUUCGACUUCUUUUUGUUGCCAAAA